AUGUUCAAAUUGGUGGUGUUGUCUGCUCUCCUCGCCGUAGCUGCCGCUCGUCCCGGACAUCUCUACGAAUCCGCGCCCCUCGUCUACUCAGCGCCCGCCACAUACGCUGUGCAGGAGCCCGUCCUGGCCAAGGUUGGUGCUGUCGUGAAGAGCAUUCCCACGGCCGUGUCCCAUCAGAGCCUUAGCCAAGUGCACAGCUCGGCACAUGUCGUUCAAGAUGUUGUGGCGCCGGUUGUAAAGACCUAUGCUGCUCCAGUUGUCACCAGCUACGUGGCCGCCCCUGCUCCCAUCGUUAAGACCGUUGCUGCCCCUGUGGUGCACACCAGCUAUGCCGCUGCCCCUCUGGUGCACAGCACCUAUGCUGCUACCCCCGUGCUGAAGACCAUCGGCUCGCCUGUUGUCUACAACGCUGGAUGGUAA